UUCAAAUCACUCGAUUGCUUUUCCACCUGAUAGAAUCAUACAACGUUUGAACGUCUGCCAACACACGAGAUGGACGGAUGCUACUGCGCAAACUAUUACGGUUCGAUCCGUUGCAACAAUGUGGUGAUGAGGUUCGGUGACCGGUGCAAGAUGUGCAUGUUGCAAAAGAGCGGUGCUUCACUCAGCCGUGGCCUCCUACCCGAGCAUAUGAACCUCUGGAUAGGAUCCUCUUCGACGCAGAUGGACAAGCACCGGGCUAGUUCUAAGAGUAGUUCUCAAAGCUCUGCGAGGUCGUCGCAGCAGUCUUUGUUAGACAGAAGGCAGUGACUGGGUGGAGUGCUUGGUACGAUCGAAGAAACAUAGCGACGUUUGCGGGACGAGUCGUUAAGAAACAGGGAGGAACGAACAGACGGCCGAGGAACAGGUUUCCGAUGUCCGAAUAAUUGGGAAUACCACAUGGAAAGAAAUAUGUGGAGAUGGCAGCGGGUGCAUUGACAAGGAGUUGGGACUGGGUAUAACAACAAUCUUGAACUUGACUGCAGGAAGGUCGGGCAGCGAAAGGGAAUCCUUCCCCGAUGCAAGGCUCAACGAUCUCUCCGUUCUCCCAAGUUGAGCAGCUGGGGAAGGCGUUUGGCAUUAGGGGGAUGUUUUGAUGGAAAAAAGUAAUCGCUCUCCUUUUUUGUCCUUUGUUUAGAUAUCCACUAGGAAGCUAAGGAACAUAUGGCUGUUUCAUCCGCAAGGAUUUAAUGGCGACAAGAUGUCAAGAGA